CUCUCUCUCUCUCUCUCUCUGUCUUUGUCUCUCUCUCUCUCUGUCUCUCGGUCUUCACUCUCUUCCCCGAAAGUUUGUUUUGUCUCACUCUGGAUGUAAAAUACUAAAUAGUGGCUGGCACCUUUACCAUGAACAACACAAUGGCAACAUCCAACUGUUCCUUCGAAGAGGUGGACCACCUGAUGAAGACCCUGGAGUUAGUUUUCUACGUCCCCAUCUUCCUCUGCGGGGUGGCGGUCAACGGGUGGGCCCUGUUCGUGUUUUGCUUCAAAAUCGAGUGGAGGGUGUCCACCAUCUACUUCACCAACCUGGUCCUCAUGGACCUGAUUCUGCUUGUCCCGUUGCCCUUCAAGAUGCACGCCACCAACCACAGGUGGACCGCGCAGAGCAAGGAUCUCUGCUCCUUCCUGGAGAGCCUUUAUUUCAUGGGGAUGUACGGCAGCGUAUACACCAUCGCCUGCAUCGCCGUGGACCGCUGGCUUGGCAUCUGCCACCUUUUCAAAUUCAGGAAGCCUCCCUCGCCCGUGAUUAGAGACAAGUCCAGACGUCACGCGGUCUUCGCCUGCGUGGCGGUCUGGUUGGCCGUGCUGGCCCCCCCCGCCCUGAUCUACGGCUUCCGCGAUCACGGCCACGAAGACUUCCACUGCUUCCACGGUUUCUCGCCGAAGGUGUGGCGCCCUGCUAUCAUCGUGUGCCUGGAGGUGCUCGGCUACGUCCUCCCGGCACUGGUGAUCGUCUUCUGCUCCGUGCGGUCCGCGGGGAGCCUGAACGACGAGCUGAGAGAGCUGUCCGACGAGCUGAGAGAGCUGUCCGACGAGCUGAGAAAGCAGUCUGACGAGCUGAGUGCCAAGAAACUGCUCUCCAUUCGGGUCAUCUACAGCAACAUGUGGGCCUUCCUGGUCCCCUUCACCCCCAGCCACCUUGCCAUAUUGCUGCAGUUCCUGGUGCAUCAAGGUGUGAUCCAGGACUGCUGGACCAAGACUAAGGUCAGUCUGUUCCUUCAGGUGGCCCUGUGUCUGGCCAACGUCACCUGCUGUCUGGAUGCCCCCUGCUACUACUUUGCCGCAAAAGAAGUGAGGAGUAUCAUGAAUUUCCGUCGACAGUCUUCCUUAAAGCUUCUCUUGUCGUUUAGAAGAUGGGACAGGGCCGAUCGAUCAGAGGAAGAGACCUGAAAGUGGAUGGUAGGUGUGUGUGUAAUAAUCAGACUACUACUACUAAUGUUGAAAGUAGGAAGACCUAGUUUCGAGAUAUUAUAAUAUUCUACAACAUUACAUUAAAAAUAUACAUUUGUAUGGUUUAAGAAGAAGAAAAAUAGUUUACAUGUCUUGGAAAUAUUUGUUUGUUUUAUUAUGGGCCGAUAUCCUGCUUGGUUGUCCUUGAAUAAACUCCAAGGGGACUAAUUUAAAUGAUGGUUUGAUAGAUUUUGAAUGGAAGACCAAGCAUUGUGCAAUA